AUGCCAAAAGAUUUCAAGGUACCUCUGUUGGACAAGUACGACGGAUCCUACGACCCCAGCGAUCAUGUAGACGUGUUCCAGUCUCAAAUGCAUCUCGCUGGGGCAGACGAAGCAUGUAUGUGUAUGGCUUUCUCCAUCACUUUCAAAGGAUUAGCAUGGGCUUGGUACAAGAACCUCACGCCAGGCUCCAUCAAAAGUUGGGGACAGUUUGUGGACAUGUUCACAGCCAACUUCACCACUAGUAAGAAGUGCCCGAAAUCACAAGAGAGCCUUCUGAAUGUGGUGCCGAGGGAAGGGAAGUCGAUCCGGAGCUACAUCAAACGUUUCAAUGAAACAUGCUUACAGAUACUAGAGUUCAACCCAACAGUACGCCUCACUGCAGCUCAAAAAGGAGUCACACACAAGGAGCUCAGGUGGUACAUCAAAGUGAAUCGGCCAAAGACUAUUACAGAGUUUCUCGCGUUAGCCGAGAAAUUCAUAAGCACCGAAGAAGAGCUCAAUUAA